AUGCCUCGUGCUUCCAGCUCUGCGAAGCGACAGCAAGGCGCCGCCAACCAACGCGAUACCAGGCACGAAAAUGGUCUUGUAGGCCCCGCCAAGCGAAUCGCCAACAAAAAGAGCCAGUCGAACCUCGACGCCUCCGCCAGGACGACCUCUGACCAGAAUGCUGCUACCUCGGCUCUCCCCUCGCCUCUUCCCAACGGCACAUCCAACGGACACCUCAAGAACCCGACCCUAGCUGCGCCCGCCUCCGACGGCAACGGCAACACAAUGGCCCCUGAUCACCGAAAUGGCGACGCCGCUGCUAGGCGGCCCUCAUUAGGCGCAUGCUCCGAGACUUCGUCGUCAGACUCGCUCUCCUCCGCCAUGGGCAAUGGUGCUGCUGACGCGAGCCACCGCCAGAUCGACGUGAACGCCACCAAGAAUGCCGACGUGCAUCGUGACCCGGGUGGCCCCAUCGAGUUUGCCGCUACCGUCCUGAGGGCUCUACCCCUCUACGACACCCUCGCUAUCCUCAUCCUGCUCAUGCAGGUUCCUCCCGUCGCCCUCUCCGGCAUCUACAUGGUCUUUACCUUCCUCACCUUUGUUCCCCCCGUUACCACAAGCUCUGGAAUGAACAUCAACCUCGCCGAGAUUUUUGACUACAAUUCCACCAUGCCCUCCCUCGUAACGGUGCUCUGCAUGGACGUCUUCAUACUGCUGGUAUGGUUGUUUCUUUGGCCGCCCAUGCAGCUCGCCAUCCUCGACUUUGCAAAGCCCGUCAUCGCCGCAACCUUGGGUGGUGGAUCUAACACGAGGGAGGGAGCGUCGAGGAGUGUCACCACCUGCUUCUUUCUGGUCAUGGGCUCACAUCUUCUACGCGGCUCAAGGUUCCACUGGACUCGGGCGACAAAGUUCCUCCCUGUCAAUUGGCGGUUUUCUCCCGACUCUGACGAUCCUUUGGAAACUUUCACUCGCGGCUUUGAUAAGAGAGGACCGCACGGGUGGAUCAAGAGCGUACUUGCCAUACAUAUUUUGACGCAGGGUAUAGUGAGGUACAUAAGGGAGUGGUAUUUAAGAAGAGAAAAAGGAAACCCGUCGACUCACAGCAUAGCGGAUCCGGAGGCCGGCAAGUCGUACUCAAACGAGACGGCGAACGACACUGGGUUUGCUACGCCCGACAGCGACACGACUUUCCAACAAAAUGCAACAGUAUCGUCUACGAAAAAGAAGAGAAAACAGAGCACACAGGUGCGUCUCCAGCAGCCGCUGUGGGCGGCUUUGGCAAGCACCAAGAUCGUUAUGGUUAAGGAGUACGAGUUGUCGCACGCUACUUCUGAGUCAGCCGGAUCCAACGCUACCGACAUUCACAACUUGGGGAAUGCCCCUUUUGACAGCCAGGCCGAACAGAUUUGGAUAUCGUACAUUGGCCACGAUGAAGUCUGCUUCAACACCAGCUACUUCCCCGACAGCCCGAGCGCAACCCCGAACGGGCACGUCUCGCGGCCGGCAGGAGUCGACACUUCGAAACCCUUUUACGUCCGAGUGAACAACGCCUUCUGGCAGCCGACACGCAUCUUUCGCAUUCAGGACGACGACGACCAGGGCGAGCAAUCCAGCCAACAUCGUUGGUGUGGUGACAUUUACGGACUGCGACCGCUGUCCAAGUACGUCUGCGAAUUUGUCGACACCCGCACGAACCGAGUCGUCUUUUCCACCAGCAUUCGAACCUCUUUUGCGCCGAACAAGGACCAGGAAGGCUCCGUCAACCCGCCAGUGAGCACGCCACAAUCUCUCCGCCCCGACUCGCCCGCGACGACGCUGAAGAGCACCAUCAACGCAAAUAACGAGCGGCUGGCGGAGGAGAAGGCCAGACUCAAGACCCUGCGCAAGGAGUGGAAGAACAAGAUUAGCUCACUAAAGAAGGAAAACGAAAGGCUCGACAACGUGAUUCAGACCGCCGGUGGCAACGAUGAAAAACACAGACAGAAGAUAAUCCAGCAAGAAAACACCAAAGCCCAAUCCGAGAAGGAGAUAGCCCAGCUCGAAGCGGAUCUCAAGGCGUUUGAAACAGCACCCCAGGGAUUCUACGAGCGAAAGAAACAGACGGAAAAGGAAUGGGCUGCCGAAAAGGCCAUCUUCGAUACCGCUUCCAAGGAAUUCAAGGACUACAAGGCCGCCAUUGCCAAGGCUGUGAAGGCCAAGGAGGAUGAGCAGGCCGCCAUGCAGACCAAGCGGAACAAGAUUGCGGCUCGCAUCGCCAAGGUGGACAACGAGCUCGGCAGGAUCACGGACGCCAAUAACCGCGGUCUGGACGAGGCCGAACGAAGGCGCCAGGCCCGCAUUGCCUGGCAGGCGGACACGUCGACGAUCGAGAAUAAUUUCCGGGGCAGCAUUGCGGAUAUCAAGGCGGCUAACGCUCUCAAGCAGGAGCAGGUCAACGCAUUGCUGCAGCAGCUCCAGGCAUACCACGAGCACAUGAACUACGCCACGACUGCCAUGCCCUAUGAUAUUCCCGAGCGUCACUCCGCCCAGCCUCAGACCAUGUCGUCCGCCUACAACCCAGCCGCGCCUGCUUGGACCCCUCCGUCCGCCGCAGCCUCGCAGUACAUGAUGCCGGCCGGGUCCAUGUGGCCCACGUCCACCAUGAACGGGUCCGGCUCUGUGUUGCCGCUGCCGGCGUCCUCUCUGCAGCCCGUGUGGGGAUUCCCGCCGACGCACCAAAGUACCGUGUCCCUCAAGGCCAGAGGCCGCUCCUCCUCUAUGCUCAGCGACGUCUCCGGAUUCACGCAGUCUAGCAACGACGACGACGAGUUCCUGUCGCUCCACAACACGCCUGCUCGGCAACCCUUGGCCCAGCGCACGCCUGUCACGUUUGCCUUUACGCGGCGUCAGCGCUGCGACGGUGCCGGAUCUGGGUCUGGCGGUAGCAGCGUCCACAGUGGGAGCGGCAGCGGCAGCGGUAGCGGCAGCGGAAGCAUGCGGGAUCCUCAAAGUCCGGUCUGA